UGUUUAUCGUUAACAGGGGGAGAUAACGUAGUUUAAAUAUUUCUGACCGCAGCCAAUUCCCAGUCAGUAAAAUGUUGUUGAUAAUAAACGUUCUCUUUGUAUUAUAUAGUUGCCUUGCAAAGGAUCUUCCUCGAGUUACAUUGAAGGAUGGUUCAGUUGAGGGCUAUUACAAAAGUACUCUGAGUGGUACGGAGUAUUCGGCUUUUGAAGGUAUUCCUUACGCUUACAAACCAAUUGGAAAGUAUAGGUUUGAGGAGCCAAAGCCUAUAAAGCCAUGGAAAGGUACUUGGCAAGCUAAAACUCUAUCAACUUGUAUGCAAUAUUAUCAAUACACUAAACCAGGAGAUGACUUUGUCAUUGGUGAUGAAGAUUGUCUGCACGUUAACGUUUAUACCAAAAGCACCAAUCCUAAACAUCUAAAGAAUGUGAUAGUCUUCAUUCAUGGAGGCGCUUUCAUGUUCAACAGUGGAGGAUCUUAUGGAGAGAGGUUCUUAAUGGACUACGAUGUAAUUUACGUGACUUUCAAUUAUAGAUUGGGACCAUUAGGUUUCCUAAGCACUGAAGAUCGAGUUGUGCCUGGAAACAAUGGCUUGAAAGAUCAACAAUUGGCUUUGAAAUGGAUCAAAGAAAACAUCCAACGGUUUGGAGGUAAUCCCGACUCUGUUACUUUAGCAGGAAUGUCGGCUGGUGGAAGCAGCGUGCAUUACCACACCAUGGCUCCAAUUAAGAAUGAUGUGCAAUUAUUCCACAAAGCCAUCAUCCAGAGUGGAACCGCUUUAAAUCCUUGGUCUCAGACUGAAAACUCUAGAGAAAAGGCGUUAAAGAUGGGAGCAAUUUUGGGUUGUCCAACGCAUGAUACCUAUGAGAUGUUGAAAUGCAUGAAACUCAGGCCCGGUAAGCAAAUCGUGGCUGCAGUUAAACAAUUUCAGCCAUGGUUGUAUAAUCCAUUCACACCUUUCGGUGUAGUCGUUGACAAGUGGUCUGAAAAUCCAAUCGUACCGCAACAUCCGUACAAAACUCUGAAAGAGAAGAACGUUAUGAGCGUUCCAACUAUUUUCAGCAACGUUCAAUCUGAAGGAUUGUAUCCAUCAGCUGAGUUCUACGGAGAUAAUCAUUUUGAUGAAAUUGAUGCAAGGUGGAAUGAAAUCAUACCGCAUUUGCUUGAAUAUAACUACACUCUCAAUCCGACUGAAAAAUUAGAUGUUUCGAGUAAAAUCAAGCAGUUUUACUUCGGAAAUGAAAAACCCAGUCGUGAUAAUUUCAAUAAAUUCAUUGAGAUGAUUUCGGAUCGAAUAUUUUUGGUUGAUAUCGAAAAGUCUGUUAGAUUGCACGCCGCAGCUAACGAAGAAUCAACUUAUUAUUAUUACUAUGGUUAUCAAGCUCUUCAUAGUAAGGUGGAGCCAAGAUUGAAAACGCGUAACAUCUUUGGUCCGGCUCAUGGAGACGACACGAUCUUAAUAUUGUCUACAAACAUUGAUACUACCUCUAAUAAAGAAGACAAGGAGAUGUCUACUAUUUUACAAGAUAUGUGGGUCGAAUUCUGUGCCACCAAGAAACCGAAAGUCUUAGAUGUGAAUUGGGAGAGCGUCAGUAAGGAUGUUAGCAAACCGAUCAAAUUUUUGAGGAUCAACUCGAAGGAUGACAUCCAUAUGGAACAGAAAGAGUAUCUUGGAAACAGGAUUAACUUUUGGAAUACGCUUCCGUUCAAGGAGAACGAAAAAUUGCUUAAUAUGAAAGAUGAGUUAUAAAGCAUAUACAUAUAUAUUUCUUCUGAUAAUAAAAAUAAAUUAAACUGUUACACCUAC